AUGGUUUGUUGGUGUAUUGCCGGCUUAAUGGUAGCGAUAUUGAUAAUUCUUUACUAUGCUGUCAGAUAUUUCUUGGAAUUAAUUCCGGUUAAAGAGCUGAAAAAAAAAGCUGUAUUUGUUACUGGAUGUGAUUCGGGAUUUGGCCGUGAAUUUGUCCUUUACUGUGCAAAAAACGGUCUUCACGUAUUUGCUGGUUGUUUGACAGAAAAGGGUGAAGAGUCGUUAAAAGAAGAAGUAAAGGGUUACCAGGGUACAGUGCAAGUAAUGCACUUGGAUGUUUCCAACGAUGAUUCAGUAAAACAUGCAAAAGAAUUUGUGGAAAACAAACUGCACGACGGCCUUUAUCUUUGGGCAGUUGUGAACAAUGCUGGUAUUCUACCGGUUUAUGGCCCUUCAGACUGGUCAAAAGUUGAAGACUUCAAAGCUGUUUUGGACGUUAACACCAUCGGUGUCAUACGUGUUACACUUACUUUUCUACCAUUGCUAAAACAAUCGAAAGGGCGUCUGGUAACGACGACAAGUGUUUUGUCUCGGGUUGCUUUUCCAGGAAUUGCACCGUAUCAAUGCUCUAAACUUGGGACUGCCGGUUUUAUGGAUACAAUACGUGAAGAACUGAGAUGGUUUGGAAUAAAAUGCUGCAAUAUUGAACCGGAAAUAUUUGAUACGCCAUUAAUUGCUGUUCCAUCGAUGCAACGAACAAUUGAGUAUUCGUGGAAUAGGUUGACCGCAGAAAAACGAGCUGAAUAUGGCGAAGAUUUCAAACAUUACUGUAUUUAUAAAUCAACUCGGAUCGAUUAUGUGGUUCGAAAUUAUUAUCACGCUGUAACAGCAAUGUUUCCACGAACGCGUUAUUAUACCGGUUGGAAAGCUCUGUUCUUCUAUAUACCAUUAAGUUUGUUGCCAACUGAAAUUCAUGAUCUGAUUAUCAGACUGUUAUUACAUCAAACUGCAUUUCCGGUUGCUGUUGAGAGUAAAAAGCAAAAGUAA